UAAUGGAGAAGGGCAGACUCCAAAAUGAAUAACUAAUUAGAUAGUUGUCCUUGUUAACCAAUUUUAGGAGUUAACAAUUACUUGCAACAAUCAUCAAAUAAUCUUUGCCCACAUCCAAAAUCAUGGAGAUGGCGAUGUUAAUUAUCAUGGUUAUGUACAACAUAAUUAUUGAACUAGUGCGCGCAUGCAGGGCAUGGUGACGUUGACCAUAAUAGCAGGGGUGCCUCAGUUGCGGCCUCCGCCAUGCAUUAAUCAAAAAUGCAGCGCUCCCACCAAAUCCCAGCUGGGAGUCCUGGCGCUGGGCCUCGGCUUUCUGUCCGUCGGCACCGGCGGCAUCAGGCCGUGCAACAUCCCUUUUGGCGUCGACCAGUUCGACGCCUCCACGGCGGAAGGGAGGAGAGGAAUCAACAGCUUCUUCAACUGGUAUUACAUGUCCUUCACCCUCGUCAUGACCAUCGCUCUCACCUUGGUCGUCUACAUUCAAGACUCCGUCAGCUGGGUCUGGGGCUUCGGCAUCCCCACCGCGCUCAUGCUCUUCGCCAUCGUCCUCUUCUUCGUCGGCACCAAUUUCUACGUCUACGUCGUGCCCGAGGGCAGCGUCUUCACCGCCAUUGCGCAGGUCAUCGCCGCCACCUACAAUAAGCGUAAGCUGCAUAUCCCCGACGCCGCCGCCUAUUUUGAUCCGCCGUUGAAGGGGACGCUCGUCACUAAGCUCUCUUUGACCAAUAACUUAAGGUUCUUUAAUAAAGCCGCGUUGAUAACCGAGGGUGAUAUUGGGGUGGAUGGAUCCAACUCCAACCCGUGGAGGCUAUGCAACGUCCAAAAAGUGGAAGAAACCAAAUGCCUAUUCAAAAUCAUCCCGAUUUGGGCUUCCGGGAUUAUCUAUUUUACCGCCAUUGUACAACAGAGCACAUUCAUCUUGUCUCAAGCCUUGACAAUGGACCGCCACCUGGGUCCCAACUUUCAGAUCCCGGGCGGGUCGCUCGGGGUCAUCUCGAUGAUCACGGUGGCGCUAUGGAUCCCCGUGUACGACCGGGUGGUGGUGCCGUCCGUGAGGAAGGUCACCAAGGUGGAAGGUGGCAUCACCUUGCUCCAGAGGAUGGGGAUCGGGCUGGUGUUCUCCAUCCUCUCGAUGGUAGUGUCCGGCCUGGUCGAGCGGAUGAGAAGGGCCUCUGCCCUAGCUCACGCUGGACCAGGCGGGACCACUACCCUAACGGUCUUCUGGCUGGCCCCGCAGCUGAUGCUGAUGGGGUUCGCCGAGGCAUUCAAUAUCAUUGGAUAGAUUGAGUUUUAUAAUAAAGAAUUCCCUGAAAA